AUGCCGAAUAUCGCUGCAGGACGGCAUCGGCCGAGCUUCGUGCGGCGGCGCGCCAGCAAGGGGCGAAUAGGUCGGCCAGCAGCAGGCUCAAGAGUUUUUGGUGCAGUACCCUCCUGCGAUAAUGAUGCUGAUGCUGCGGCAACAUCGGCAUCACAACUCUCGAAGCACCCGUUGCAGCUACACUAUAUCAAGCGUGAUGAGCAGGCUGAGCGCAACCACGAUCAGCAGGCGCAGCAGCUACCCACCGCUCCGCUAAGCGGACAUGCGGCUAACGGAAAGCAGGCGUCACAGCAAGCACCCGCAAGUCAGGACGAUGGCGGCUACACCUACAUACCAAAUCUCACGCGGGACAAGUGGAUUGGCCUCGGGCUUGCGAUCAGCAGCUCGCUCGCGAUCGGGACGAGUUUUAUCAUCACAAAGAAGGGGCUAAUCGACGCCGCAGACCAUGGGAGUGGGCUUGCGAGCGAUCACCACUCGUACCUACAAAACCCCAUCUGGUGGGCAGGCAUGGCUACCAUGAUCGUUGGGGAAGUUGCCAACUUUGCAGCGUACACAUUCGCGCCGCCGAUCCUGGUCACUCCACUCGGCGCGCUGUCCGUGCUGAUCGGCGCAAUCCUUGCUUCUUUCAUAUUAAACGAAGAGCUUGGACGGAUAGGGCGUGUGGGCUGCACACUCUGCUUGGUUGGCACUCUGAUCAUCAUCUUGAAUGCGCCCGAAGAUAAAGAGAUCAAAACGGUCGAUGAGAUUUUGAACUAUGCUAUUCAGCCAGCAUUCUUGUUCUAUUGCUUGUCAGUCAUGUUCUUCGCCAUCUGGAUGAUCUACCGGGUGGUGCCAAAGUGGGGCAAGCGAACGCCGCUCGUAUACAUUUCCAUCUGCUCCUCGGUCGGCUCCAUCUCUGUCAUGUCUGUGAAAGGCUUUGGCGUUGCUCUCAAGCUCACGCUCGAUGGGAACAACCAAUUCACGCAUCCCUCGACGUAUUGCUUUGCCAUCGUUGUCGUCGUCUGCAUCCUGGUGCAGAUGAACUACUUCAACAAGGCGUUGGAUCAAUUUAGCACGAAUGUCGUCAAUCCGAUCUAUUACGUCAUGUUCACCACCUCGACCAUCUUCGCCUCCUUCCUGCUCUUCCAGGGCUUCAAUACGGAAGGUGCCGCGCCAGCCAUGUCGCUGCUAUGCGGCUUCGUCGUCAUUUUCCUUGGAGUGUACCUGCUCAACCUGAACAGGCUCGUAGACCCAGUCACGCAGCAGUCACGCAUGUCUCUCGUCACAGGCGAAGGCGUGCCUGCGGGUCGGGCGUCGGAACACCGCGAUCGAUUUCUGCACGGCGAGAAUGGCAUGUUCCACCCUCGUAUGAGCAUGUCGCAGCAGCGCACAGGCGGCUACGGGCAGCUGCCCAUGCAUUCUGGCAUAGGUUUAGAUGGACGGGGGAGCAGGCGCGGGAGUCUAUUCAUCAACCGUGGCUACGAUGCCGUCGGAGCGCCGCAUGGGCGGCAAGCGAGCAGCAAUGGCAGCUCGGUCUUGUUCAACGCUUAUGACGACGACGAUGAGGCGGUCGGCCUCACGCGGCUCAACGAGCACUAUGAUGAUGAGGAUGACUUCGGAGACGGGUCGACUUUGCGUGGGUCUUCCAGCGGCUCGGCUGAUAAAGGCGGCAGUGGCGCAAAUGGCUCCGCCGGCAACAGGACGCACUCGCGCACGGCGAGCGUGAACAACGGCAAUAUCAACAGCAAUGAAGGCCGCGCCAAAGCGCACGCGCGCAGCAUCUCGCUCAAGUUGCCGGACAACUUGCACGAGAACCGCGUGCGCCACUCGCCUGUGCUCGCCACUGCGUCGUCGAUAGGCAGCGCGGCUGCCAAUGUCAAUGCGAAUACUCAGCAGCAGCAGCAGGGCAAUGUGGCGUCAUUUAGGGCAAACUUGCUUAGCGGUAUGGAUGACUAG